AGCCAAUCGCCUCUAAACGAGCAGAGAAACCACUACUCCCGACCCCGACGGCUAGGGUUCCUAGCAGCUGCUGCUUGUGGCCCUCAAGCGCCGUACGCCUAGCCGACCCUCCGCCUCCAUCCCCCGCGCCAGUCCAGCCUCUGCUCCCCCGUCGAGUUGCUCGUCCCGGCAGACAAGGAGGCCCUCCCGCAAGCAGACGCUCUCGCCCAACUGUCCAACCACGGACGCCGAUGACCGGCGCGAUGCCGAGGAGCAGAGCUAAAACAUGAGUAUAUGUUGACAAUAUGAUGAGGAGAUCCAUGUGGAUGGCAAACUCCUCCCCGUCCUCACACGGGUCGAGGUCUCAGUCGAUGGAUCCAAGUUGCCGGACUCGGUUCCACUGUCUGUCAUGUCGGAGAAGGCCGAAGAUCAUCGGAGAUGAACUGCGGUUGGAUCGAAGCGAAGCGGAGUGGACCGAAAGUGAAGUGGACUAGCAAGUAGCUAGCGUUCCGUGCGAAUGGAGAGAGAGAUAUGUGCUGAGUUUGAGGGAUGCUGGAGAGUCCGGACAUGUAUAAUGAUUUUCUGAGGGGUGUAAUUGAGUUGCGUUUUCGUGACCGAUGAGCAAGGGCAGUUUGAAGGAUGGGGCUGUAGAUGCUCUCAAUCCAACCACAUUGCCGCCUAGCUAGAAAGCUCGACCUCGGACCGCCGUAUGAGCCCACAGUUUGGUGCGCAGGAAGACGACGGAGACCAGCCACGAACCAGAUGUCCCAGCCGGCAGCUCGAUCGCUCACGGGAGGUCGUCCGGUAGCGUACAUGCAUGCAUGUGCUGGCCAAACUGCGAUCACACAAUUAUCAAGCACUGCAUAUAUGAAUUAGCUAGCUAGUGGUAGAUCGCUUAGUGUGGCCGCCGGCAUGUCGUGUCGACGAUCCAAUCCCACGUGACGAGCUCGAUCGGUCAGCCGUCCGGAACGAUCGAAUCCGACGAGCUGAGUUGAGCUGAGAAAAAAAGAUCCAUUUAGUGAGACUAGAUCGCUAGAGUAUAUACACAUGUGGCUUGUGGACCAGCUUCACCCUGGAGAGAUAAGAUCCGCCCACGAUCCAAGAUAAUUGUGCAGUUGCAAACAAAAACAUUUUCUUUUCUUGAAAAGAAAACAAGAGGCGAGCUCAGCUAGCUGGACUGACAUGAGGCCGCCGCUGGCGUCGUCUUCUUCUUCUUCCAUUGCUGCCGCCGCUGCAACGGCUCCCUCCUCCUCCCCCUCUGCUCCUCCGGCCACAAUCAGGAGAGCACUGCUCUUGUCCACCUCACCCCUCACGCUCGCUGCCGUCGUUCCUGCAGUAGCGCAGGCCGCCGCCAACCCCUUCUCCACGCCCUACUCCCAGUCCCGGACACUGCAGCUCGGCCUCGACACCAAAGGGAAGAUUCGGACAUGCCCCUCCGCCAAUCCCGGGUGCGUCUGCACCAACCCCACCGUCGGCGCCUCCUCCUCCGUCGCCUCCCCGCUCAUCAUCCCGGAGUCCACCUCCGCCGACGCUGCCGCUCAGUUGUUGCGGCAAGCCAUCCUCAAGACGCAGAAGAAUGUCAGCUUCAACAUUGAUCAGCAAACUCCCCACGGCCACUACAUCCAGGCGGAGGUGGACGGCGGCUUCGGCCGGGACGUGAUGGAGUUCCUUGUGAAGAAGGACGCCGGCGUGGUGGCCUACCGCUGCGUCGCCACCAAGGUCACCUUCGUCUACCCCUUCACCACCGCCAUCGGUGACUCGCGGGGCCAGGAGCAGAGGGUCGCCGCCGUCGCGCAGGAGCUCGGCUGGUACGCGCCCGACAUAAGAUCCUCCGUCGACGACGUUGCUACAUAAUUAAGCUAUGUAUGUAACACGCGCCGACUGUGAGAUGCAUUUCAAGAUCAAACGGCAUGCGUGCAUGAGAUUGGUGCAUGUAUGUAGAUCGAUCGAUCAUGGUCAGUUGGUCACUGGCUCAGAUAAUUUGUCGUCCAAUAGCCACCGCGCGAUGUGUACUACUAUGGAUUUUUAUGCUUGGAAACUUGGAACUCCAAUUUUUCAUUUGA